AUGUGCCUCGCAGGCCCUCCAGAACACAGCCGGCUGCUCAACACUGUCAACCAGGCAGCGGCGCCGCCCAACGAGUUCCCUCUUCACGUGACGCCAACUUUCUUGUCGGACUUCACGCAGCAGCUGUCUCAGGUGUACGAGCAACACGCUGAGGAGUUACAGUUACUCGUUUCCAGCUUUCGCAAGCGCAACGCCGAGCUACGCAAAGAAAGGCCGGCGUGCCACAGCACGCUGUUCCAGACGUGGGAGACGCUGCUGCAGGAGGUGGAGGUGGACUCGCAGGCGCACGCCGACAUCGCGUCCAUCCUGGGCCGGCAGGUGGCGCGGCCCCUGCUCGAGCGCACCUUCCACCGCAAGAUCCAGUCGCGCAAGGUCUUCACGCAUCGCGAGAGCUUCGAGGUCAUCCUGGCCAAGGCAGAGGACAAGUUAGCCAAGUGUCGACAGGACUACAAAAACGCAUAUCUGUCGUACAUGUCGAAUCCAACGAACGCCGCAAUGGCGGCGUAUCUGGACUGCCACAACAGCUAUGUGCAGCAGCUGCACGCUACCAACGGCAUGCUGGACCAAUAUCACACUGAGACACUGCCACAGCUACUCCAGGAGCUGGAAGAUGUGUAUAGCGACCUCUGCACCACGCUGGCGGACUCCGUGCUGCAAGGAGCAGAGAUCAUCAGCUCACGGGCGGAGGAGCAGUCGCGGCGGUACGAGGGCGUGUCUGGGCAGUGCCGCGCGGUGUCGGCUCGCCAGGACGUGGCCAGCCUGGUGCAUUCGCUGGCUUCACCGCAGCAGCACUCCCAGCGUCACGCACACACCCACGCCUUCGCGUCGCCGCAGCCGCCGCCCACGCCGCAACCCGACAACCCGGAUGGCACCCCCAACGACGGGCCGCCCACUCCAGAGCAGACUCCGCCACCGCUACUCAAGAAUGAAAUCAUCGUGGACCGACUGGCGUCGGUGAGCGUGCGAACACGGCUGGAUGCUCUCCGCAAGGAAGCUAUGGAUCUGGAGCAGCAGAUGAAGCAGAACCAAGACGCCUUGGACACUCUGCUGCGCAUUCAACAACGGAGUUUGGAGUCGAGUCUUUUCAACAAAGCGAAUGAGCUGCAAGAGGACAUCAGCUUAAAGAGGUUUGAUCUGCGCGUCGCCCAGAUCCAUUUGGGCGCAGUUAAGUCACAGAAAGAGCUGUUUGCCUCGAAGGCGGAAAGCGCCUCCGACGGUAUGCGCGAGAGAAAGAUGUCCUCCUCCUCCACCGGCAGCAUGAAGAAUAAGUGGCUCAAGGCCUUCAAGAGCCUCAAAGCCAGCAACACCAGCGACGGCGCUCUCAAAGAGACGGAGAAAAAAAAUCAAAUGUACCAUGCAGUUUCAGCCAUCAUGACAAUGAGGAAAGAAGCGGCGGCGGGCCCGGACAGCGGAUCGCACUCCUUGCAAGAGUACACCUACCGGAAGAUCACUCCCUGCGACGUCUGUUCCCAGGUACUCAGAGGCCACACGCGACAGGGCCUCAAGUGCAAAGUGUGCAAGGUGAACGUGCACGCCGACUGCCAGGAGCGUCUGGGCCGCUGCCAGCCCAAGUCGCGGCUGCUGCGCCGCCAGAAGUCCACGUCGGAGAUCGAGACGCGCCACGCCGACCUGGUGGCCGGCAGCCCGCUGCCCCUGCCACACGACCAGACUCCAUCAAGCCCUGUUCACAACCGCAGGCUACUGUCUGCAAGGAACAUGCGAAUGAGUUCUGUUGAACUUCCAGAUGAAAAUGAAAAAUCUCUGUCUUCUGCCAGUACAUCACCAUGUCCUUCUCCAAAAUCUCACCGACUCCUGCCAACAAACCUGUAUGUUGUACUGUAUAAUUUCAAGUCUCGUCAUCCUGAUGAACUGGAUCUUAAAGCUGGAUACAAGGUGACAGUAAUUGAUGCCUCUGACAAGGACUGGUGGAAAGGAAAAUGUUUUGGCAGAGUUGGUUAUUUUCCAUCAAAAUAUGUUAUUAAACUCCAGCCAGGUGAGAAGGCACUGCAAGUUACCCACAAUCUUCAAGUAUCAGAUGGCAACAAUGGACUCAUGCUUCUGAGAGACCAGAUUGUAAUUCAAGUGGGAGAAGAGUUGGAUGGAAUGGUAAUGAUUCGAAAUGGAGAAAAUCAACAAGGAGUCUGUCCUCUUAAGUUCCUGCAAGAAGUGUGACAAAGAAUCCAGCAAAGGGUAGAAAUGGUUUCUGGGCCUUGCUCCUCAUCAAAUGUCAAAAGAAACACAUUUGCACAUAAAUACACCAGCAGGAAACUACCAACUCCAGCAUCAUAUAUGAAAUAUAUAUUUGAUGGUUCUUUAAUGGAUGUGACUUCACCUACAGUAUUAUCCUGUAAUUUUCAGUGUGGCUGUACUAGGGACGGGGGAAAAGCAAAAUUACCAUUAAUCAAUGUCUUAAGUGAGAAAAUUCACAACAGCACACCAAAAGCAAAGAAAAAUAAUGCAAUUCGAGGAUUUUUUUCAAGUUCAAGUCGCCCAUUAAGAAUAUCACCAGCACUAUCAAUAUCUGAUGACAGUGACACAAGCUUUUUCUUUAGAGAAGCUACACAUUCUCAGGUCAGACCACUAUCAGUCCAAAUAAAUCCACAUUAGUCAUUUUGGCUGAUGAAGUUCAUCAUAACAAUAGAUUUUUGUAUGGCUAUUUAUGAAACUAAUAUAUAUUCAACAUUUUUUAAGUCUGGUAACACUUCUAUGGAAGUACACAUGACAAACAAAUAUAUCCCAAGAAAUCUGAUGUACAAAUUUAUUCAAAUUAGCAGUUUCAUGGAUAACACAGCAUUAACAACUAAGGAAUAUAUAAAUAUAUGAUGUACCGUUCCAAGAAGGAAAAGAAAAUUAUUGCUUUCAUCAUUGUUCCCUAGAGCACUGAGUAAACAUUUGAUUUCUCACAUUCCUUAUUUCAUAAUGAACAUGUUAAAGGCAUCUAUAGUUUCAAUAUUACUAUUAACACAUUAUGGAUGUAUUACAGUAUGAUGAUGUAUUAAAUGAUGAUAUGAAAUCGUAUAUAUUAUCCAAAUGAAAAAAAAGUUAGCUUUUGUGUCACAGUAGCUGUAGAGUAGUUCUAUAUCACUGGAAUAAUGCAUAGCAGUGAAGUAGAUGAGUAGAAGAAUAUGGUAUGUUUGUGAUGUACAUAAGCUGAUUUUGUGUAUUUGGUUGAUUGUUCUGCUGAGGUAGCUGACAGAUCUCAGAACCUAUUGAAAGUGCUGUAAUUCUUUGUGAGCAGUACUUCAUUUGUUUCAAUAUUGUAAAUGACUUGUAUGAAUAAAAUCACAAUAGUCAUCCUUUCUCAUUUUUCCCACAGUGUUAUUUCUAAAUCCCAUUCAUAACCCAUUUUGAUUUCCAACUAUGCUUUUAUUCAGUUCUACAUAGCCUCUUUGAAAUGUUAUUUACUGAGUUGUAGAAUAUAUUGAAACUAUUCUAAAUAAAUCCUAUGUAGUUGUACAUUGAAUGUGACAACAUAAGCUGCAACAAUUACUUGUGACACAGUUGGUUGUAACUUCAAAUGAAAUUAAGUUUAGCUUUGUAAAAUAUUGUACUUCCUUUAUGUCUGUAAUCAGUGUCUUAUAAUACCUUAGAAAGUAGUAAAAAAAUUCCAGGUAGGACUGGAGUUACUUCUAAUGUAAAUACCAUAGCUAACAUGUAGUACUGAACUUCAAUUUUGGUUAUUCAGAAAACUGAACAAAAGUAAAUGAAAAUUUAUGUUGCUGUUGAUAAUAUUUGUAUUCAGUAAGUCAAAAAGCUUUACAUUCAACAAGCAAAUACAAAAAAUGGCCCUACAUCUUGUGCAUAUGUUACCAGACAUAGACAACAUCAUCAGCAAAAGCACCUAAAAGGUUUUUAACUGACAAACUGUUGUAGUAUCUACUCUGUGAUUACUGUGCUUUCUUACAUCCAUACAAAAUCAUAUAUAGGCUACUUCUUUGUCAUUUAUGGAACAUAGUGGUGUAUUUUCAUUCAGACCUCAUGCAAAUGCCCUUCUGAUUUUUAUGAAACAAAUAUAAACAGCCAGUGCAGUCAGAAAAGAGAAUUUAAGGAAAAUGUUGGUGUACAUAAUGCAAUCUGUCAUAAAAUGGUAUUAUUUUUGACAUAUUUUAGAAAUUUCUUAAAUCUACAAUUCCUAGCUUUGCAUUUGAUGACUGAAAUUACCAUAUAACUCAGUUUUAACCACAACAAAAACAGAAAACUAUUUUCAAUAACUCAAAAAUAUUUGUACCAUGUAAUGGAACAUUUCUAUGACUUUGUUAAAGAACAGGAGGGUGCAUUACAUUUUCAUUGUAAAGGAAUUUAAGACAUGCCACUGAUAUAUUGUGACACUUCUAGUUGCAAACUCAAAGUCUUGAGAUCUAUUAUAUUAUGAGAUCACUUUGUACUAUGUUGUGUAUUGUGUGUCUAUCAGGCAUAACUGUGUAAAAUACAGCUAUUUCUUCAGUGUACCAUCUUUCUUAUUUGAAAUAAUAAUUUGUAUUGAAGACUUACUUUAUGUUUUGUAGUCUUAAAUGUGGAUUAAAAAUAAAUGUUGCACUCUAUGAAUAAAUGU